AUGAACGUGAUCAACGAUGACACCUACGAAGUGGAAAGUGCUAAGAAGAAAAUUAAGUUGGACUUACCACUACAGGUAUGUAUUGCAUGAUCAUUUUGUCAUUAGAAAUAUAAAUUAAUAAAUUAUUCUUAUUUUACAGGUGGGGUUCUUCGUGUACCAGUAUGCGAAACUCCGAAUGUUACAGUUUUACUACGACUGCUUAGAUACAUACCUUGACCGUUCCGAUUAUGAGUAUUGCGAGAUGGAUACAGACAGUGCCUAUAUCGCUAUUAGUGGUGAAAGUGUUGAAGAAUUGGUCAAGCCUGGUUUAAGAGAGGCGUUUGAGAACGAUAAAUGUAACUGGUUUCCUCGCUCCGAUACAACUGAACAUGUAAAAUACGACAGGAGAAAACCGGGAUUGUUUAAAGUAGAAUGGGAAGGGGAUGGAAUUGUGUCUUUAUGUAGUAAGACGUAA